CUCUGCACCUUGUUAUUAAUCUCCAAAGCGGUAGCGCCCGGACUCCUCUCCCCCUGGCCCUCGGGGGUGUGAGCGUGUGUGAAUUAGAGCGAAGGCACCGAACGCUCCUCUCUCUCUCUCUCUCUCUCUCUCUCUCUCUCUCUCUCUCUCUCUCUCUCUCUCUCUCUCUCUCUCUUUCUCUCUCUCUUUCUCUCUCUCUCUCUUUCUCUCUCUCACUCGACUCGGCCCGGCCUCGGCAAGCAAACCCGGCUCGGCGGCAGCAACCCCCGCAGCGGCGGCCGCCUCAGCACAGGAGAAGGCCAAGGCCAAGGCCGGGCUCCGCGAGGCUCUCGCAGCAGCGGCUCGCCGCGUCUCCGGCGCCUGGCGGGGCCCUCUCCUGCGCGGCGCGGCCGGGCCCGCGUCUCCCCUCGCCCCGUCCCCGUCCCGAUCCGUCUGGUCUCCGCUCCCCUCGGCCUCCCUCCGCCGCCUCGGUGGUUCCUCAGGCGGCCCGGCCCGGCCCGCCCGCCCCGCGUCCCCUCCGGCCGGUGCCUCUCCCCCCGGCGGGCUGCCUGCAUGUCUUUACUGCCCUCAGCCCCGCCGCCACCGCCGCCGCCGCCUCCCCCGCCGCCGCAGCCCCAGCAGUCGCCCCGCCGCCGCCGUCGCCGUCGCCGCCCGGACCCUGGCGCGCUGAAUGCAGACUAAUAGGGAUGCCAAAGGAAAAAUAUGAUCCUCCAGAUCCUCGCAGAAUUUAUACCAUCAUGUCAGCAGAGGAGGUAGCCAAUGGGAAGAAAUCUCACUGGGCAGAAUUAGAAAUCUCGGGUAGAGUGCGGAGCUUAAGUACAUCACUUUGGUCACUGACACACUUGACAGCGCUGCACCUAAAUGACAAUAACCUUGCUCGCAUUCCACCUGAUAUUGCCAAGCUUCAUAAUCUGGUUUACCUGGAUCUGUCAUCCAAUAAACUCAGAAGUUUACCAGCAGAACUAGGAAACAUGGUGUCUCUCAGGGAAUUGCUUUUAAAUGACAAUUAUUUACGGGUUUUGCCUUAUGAACUUGGCCGGCUCUUCCAGCUACAAACUCUAGGUUUAACAGGCAAUCCUUUAUCACAGGAUAUUAUGAGCUUAUACCAGGACCCAGAUGGAACCCGAAAGCUACUGAACUUCAUGCUUGACAAUCUUGCAGUUCAUCCAGAGCAGCUUCCUCCGAGGCCAUGGAUUACAUUAAAAGAACGAGACCAAAUCCUGCCAUCAGCAUCAUUCACGGUUAUGUGUUACAAUGUGUUAUGUGAUAAAUACGCUACCCGGCAGCUAUAUGGCUAUUGCCCGUCCUGGGCAUUAAACUGGGAAUACAGGAAAAAGGGAAUUAUGGAAGAAAUUGUUAACUGGGACGCAGAUAUCAUUAGUCUUCAGGAAGUGGAAACAGAACAAUACUUCACUCUCUUUCUGCCAGCAUUGAAGGAUCGUGGAUAUGAUGGAUUCUUUUCUCCAAAGUCACGUGCCAAAAUCAUGUCUGAGCAGGAAAGAAAGCAUGUUGAUGGUUGUGCAAUAUUCUUCAAAACGGAAAAAUUUACAUUGGUGCAGAAGCAUACAGUGGAAUUCAACCAGGUAGCAAUGGCGAAUUCAGAUGGCUCUGAGGCAAUGCUGAACCGAGUGAUGACAAAAGAUAACAUUGGUGUGGCUGUGGUCUUGGAGGUCCACAAGGAGCUCUUCGGAACAGGUAUGAAGCCGAUUCAUGCUGCAGACAAACAGCUUCUUAUAGUGGCAAAUGCCCACAUGCAUUGGGACCCAGAGUAUUCUGAUGUGAAACUUAUUCAGACCAUGAUGUUUGUGUCAGAGGUUAAAAACAUUCUGGAGAAAGCCUCAAGUAGGCCUGGCAGCCCAACUGCAGAUCCUAAUUCCAUCCCGCUGGUGCUAUGUGCAGAUCUUAACUCAUUGCCAGAUUCAGGUGUUGUGGAAUAUUUAAGCAACGGAGGAGUAGCUGACAACCAUAAAGACUUCAAGGAACUAAGGUACAAUGAGUGUCUUAUGAACUUCAGCUGUAGUGGAAAGAAUGGAAGCUCAGAAGGGAGAAUCACACAUGGCUUCCAACUUAAGAGCGCCUAUGAAAAUAACUUGAUGCCUUAUACCAAUUACACCUUUGAUUUCAAAGGUGUGAUUGACUACAUUUUCUAUUCCAAGACUCAUAUGAACGUGCUUGGUGUCCUGGGGCCUUUAGAUCCUCAAUGGCUGGUUGAGAACAACAUCACUGGGUGUCCACACCCUCACAUCCCUUCAGACCACUUCUCACUGUUAACACAACUUGAACUUCACCCUCCACUCCUGCCUCUUGUCAAUGGUGUUCACUUGCCUAAUCGGAGGUAGUGGAGUAUAGCCCCGCCAAGACGGGGAUCUGUUGCUAUGGACCUGUACAGUUGUAAAUCAAAGUAUGUAGGAGUGAAGUAUGGCCAUCCUUAAGCUGCUGCUUCAGGUUCCUUUCAUUAUGUGUUUGCUAUAAGACUUUGUAUGUUUUGUGCAUAUUGAUAUCAUUUGGCACUAGGGCUGGAACCAAAGUAUUACCGUCUGUCUAUCCAAACGUUUAAUAUACUUUAAAAUUGGAUUUCUUUUUUUCCUAUUAUAUUAGAAAACAGCAUUCACAAAUGGUAAAUCACUAAUCUGAGGCCCAACACCAGUGUUCUUCUCUAAAAACAAAUACAUUCUAUGGAAUGAUUUCAGAUAAGCCAAUCAUUUUUAUAAGAAGUGAUUUUUACAAACUCCAAAUACAAGAUUUUCAAUUGAAUUAUGGCAUGCCUUAUAGGAAAAACUUCUUUGAGUUUUUGGUUUCCUUUAUAACAAGCUGAUUUUUGGCUCCCAAGUCAUUUGCACAGUAACAAAGCACUUAAAUUUGCUUGAUUUGUACAUUAAAUGUGAUAUAGUCACUAGCCAUAACAAGAUAAUUUGAGAAAUGAAAAUAAUUGUACAACAUGCUUUCAAAGUCAAGCAUUAGUUUAUGAUAGUUUGUUGGCCAAAUGCUGGUUGUUUUGUUUGAGGANCCCCCCCCCCCCGCCACCUUUUCCUUUUUGGUCUGUCUGUUAGUUAUAAUUUUUUUAGAAGUAUUAACUUUAAGCCCAUCUCUCCAGUCCAUUUAUAAGGAAAUAGCAGAUAUAUACUGCCAUACAUAUUGAAAGUAGAAUUUGGUAUUUUUAGGAUGCCCACAAAAUUAGUAUCUAAUAUUUGCCAUUUUUCAUGUCCACUCUUCUUUGCUGUCUGGUUGUACUGGAAAAAGAUAUGAUCCAUAUCGUCUUUACCACUACAGUUUUAAUAUUUAAGGAAGAAGGUUACUGAAUGAAAAGCCCCUGGUAAAAGGGAAAGCCAUAUAAUAUUACACAUGUUUUCCAAAGUAAGUUAAAUGGCUGGUUUGUUUGUUUGUUUGUUUUUGAUUUUUUUUUUUGAGGUAACAAAUGGAGAGGACAGAUUUGGGGAAGUAGUUGAAAACUUUGGAUCUUUUUUUUCUGACUCUAGCUGCCAAAUGGCCAUCAUAUGCUUUUAAUCUUUGUUGCCAUAUCUGUCUAGAUUUGAAUUGAGCUACUGGUUUAUUCCCAAAGUUUGAUGCCUCUAGAUGUAUUGGAAACCAACCCCCCUUUUGUUGUUGUUGGCCAGGAGGGGCCACUUAAAAUCUGACUGGAGAGGCAGAAAGCAUAAAUAACCAUUUUGUGGGGAGAAAAUUAGUUGGCUGCUUGAUGUUAAUUAUGGCACAGUAACAUUGAAAAAGGUUGUGUCUGUGUUUUUAAGUUUUUCUUUAUUCUGCUUUUUUGCUGCUAUAAGAGUUUUCUGAAAUUUAUAUUUUAAACUUUUCAUGCACUUUACUGUUUCUAGUAUGAAAAUGUGAUAUUUUUAAUAAACAAGAAAUUUUCCAUUAUGUGAAUGAAAUUUUAAAAGAAAAUAGCCUAUAUUUGUGUCUCACUAAUAUAUAAAGUACAAGUCAAACUUAAAUUAUUUAAUUAGUUUUAAAUAUAUACAAAUUGUCUCCUCUUUCAAACCUGACAUCUUAGGCUGUUUUAUUAGUCUUAAAUAAUACAUUUCCUGUGGUUAUUUUAUACUAAUUUCUUCCAUAGUUUACUGAUCAGGCUAUAUAAAAGAAUAUUUCCCCAAAGGGUUAUUUUAGUGGGCUGAGGGUGGUGGGAUGAUGUAAUACCACACAGGAUCGCAUCCAGAAGAGCUCUGUAAAGCCUAAAUUCCCUUUUCAAAGUGCCUAGUGACAGAGGCGGUCAUCGAUUGUAAUUGGGAUGUCAGUGUAGUUCAAAAACGUUUGAUGUAAAUAAAAUAUUCUUUUAAAAAAUGUUAAAGUACCUGAAUAAAAAAAAAAGUAGAAGAAACCCUUGAUGACAGAUUUUCCUCAGUGUUCAGGUAUCCCUUCUUAUAUACCUCAAGCAUCCAACAUCUAGCCAUGCAAAUUGAUUAUCUGAAGCAUAGUACUGGAAAGUAGAAUAGCAUGAAAAACUUAAUUUUGUGGACAUUACCUUUUUUUGUAAUCAGCUACUGUAUGUUUAGUUGUAGAUCUUUUGUUUUGGGUGGGUUUUCUGCUCUGGAGGUAUAUGCACUAACAGAACAUUCUUUCAUAGACGCAUGUUAAUUAGCAAUGUGAGCAAUAUUUCCUACCAUACUUCACUCCCGAUAUUUUUUGAGAUGUUUGUAUAAAAUGAAAUUUAAAGUUCACUUAUGAUUGUAUAUGAACCACAGAGGAGCCCAUUUAUUAAUAAAAAAAUCUUUUUUAAUAGUUAAAUGUGGAGGGGAAAAUAAAAUAAUUGGGAAACAUUGUAAACAGCUUAAGUUUAUUUUGUGUAUGAUUGAGGCACUCUGUUGCAAGAAGGUGUGUAAUUGGGUCUCUCUGCUUCCAAAUGCACUCUUUCAAACCAUUAUCCUGUGUAUUUUAAUGUGGUUUUCUUAAAUGUUGGUAGUAGCUCUGUUGAGGUAGGUGAUUGUGUUUUGUUUUGGGUGGCACACACCUAGGGCAUGGUAACCCAAAUUUCAUGUGCACGGUUUCCCUUUAGCCUCUUGCCUAAAUUUCACACACUGUUUCCCCUUUGUUCCCUUUGUAAAAGGAGUGGUAUCUAGUUUUGAGCUGCCAGUUCAGAUGAUCAGAAAUGCUGCUGUCCUCAGCAUUGUCUUGCUAAAUGCAUGCCAUUUGGAACUUUGGCAGUGAGAAGCCCAAAGGACAAGGUGAAUGACAUGGUAUAUAUUUGUGAAAAUGAAUCAUAUAUGCUCAUAUACUUUCUAGUUCUCAGAAUAAGUUAAUAAGCUUUAUGCCGUUGGGCUGCUGCAUAUUUUAUCUGAUGAUAAAAGAAAAUUUGGGCAUUUUUAGAUUGUGCUAUGUAUUUUUUAACUGUUAAAUAUGAUUUCUGGUAAUUUUCUUAAGAACUGGAGUGUUAAGUUUAUUAAAACGGUGUUGUUUGAGGAAGGGGAAACUGCACUGUUUGCCAUUAUAACAGUCAUACAAGUGCAUGUCAAGUCACCCACUGUCAAGCAUCAGUACCCUCCUCAUAGCUUUACACACUUUGAUGGGGAAUAUUGCAGCAUCCUCAGGACUGACAUCUGGAAAAAGGCUCAAAUCUACUUACUGCUCCUUGCUUGUUGACUUUGUUUUACAAUAUUGUGCCUGGUGUCAACUUUUAAGCAACAGCACUGCCUAAAAGCAAGCAGAGAACAGAAUCCCAGCACCAUUCUGUAGGCAACUUUUUAGAAUUCAGAUACAGUAGAUCUGUUCAAGAUUUAUGGUGUUUUAUGUAAAAAAAAAUUUUGUACAACAUAGCUAAAUAUUUUUGUUUGAUUUAUUUGAUGUAAGGCGUGUGAACAUUCGUUUGAAUAUCACAUGUUAAAGUCAGGUAUGGCACAAUGGGUUCUGAGACCAGCUUCCCUACCCUCCCAUUUGCCUUCUAAUCUUUUUAUUUUCAAAUUACGUUUCUGAUAUCCAUAAGCAGAUAUUCAAUUUUACUAAUAAGCAUCCUUUGUGAAUGUAUUUCAAAAGCCACUAUGUUUUAGUGUUACAAUUGUAGAAAUAUGAAACUUUUUUUUUUUUUGGUCUUAAGUCAUAUAUCACUGAGAAGGGAGAAAGCUGAAAACUAAGACUCCUAUCACUUGAAUCUGUGGCAGAUUAUGUUAAAAUUGAGGGUGUGGCACAUUAAACCCAGAACAUGGACAAAAUUGUGCUCCAUUUAAAAAUUCUGUCUCCUGUGUAUGUCUUGCCAAUAGGUGAAGUUUUAAGUCUGCAUUCUAUUUCCAGGAAUUCAUAAAAAUUACACAAACCACCUGUACACUCAAUAGCAGAUAGCAGAGGGAAGGGAAAGCACAAGGAGAAAUAGGUUGAGUGCAUGUAUUGAAGGAGCCAGGAGCAUAGAGCUUCAUUUCUAACACAAAAUUAGAUUUCCUAGUGUUAAAAGUUGACCGUGUUCCAAUACUGAUUUAAAUUUUAAUAUUUUAUAUUCUCAGUUUCUGAAAUGUUUUUAAUAGCUUUGCAAAGUAUACUAACUGGUUGGUAGCUUCAGUCACCAAAAAAAAAAAAAAAUCCCAUAAAUUGUAUUACAAUAGUGGUCCUGUAGCAAGCAAAAAUCUCUGUCACAUAUUCAAAGUAACACGUUUUGACUGAAAUGUGAGCUGUCAUGUUUGUAAGUUUUUUUUCUUCUCUCUUCCCAUAAAACCCAAAGUAACACCUUUUUAAUGUGUUAAAAGAUUUGUUUACCAACUUUCCGUUUGGUUUGUAUCAUAUUUGUAUGACUUUUGUCUAUUAGAAGUAGAUAAAUUAAGUAGAGAAGUUAGACUUAUUUUUCUAAAUCAGGAACUUCAACUGAAGUUUUGAGUUUAUAGACAGAAGAGAACAUUUAUGUCUGUGAUUGCUCUGGAUAAUUUUAAUUCUGUAAUUGCACUGAAAUUCCCAAAUUUAAUUUCAAACACAAGUAAAUGCUACUACAUCUUUAACCUCAUUUACCAAAGUUAUAGCCUGUUUAAGAACAGGAUGCCAAAAGCAUCUUUCAUAAUUGUCAACUAAAUGCUUAAAAGAUAAAAGAAAACCCUUGGGUGUUCUGAGCAAGUGCUGCAGAAAGGAGAAUGAGAAGAGAAACAGAAAAAAGUCAGGAACCUGUUCAGGACACUGAUAAGGAAGAGCAUGUGUACUUCUUACUUUAACUAAAUGCAUUCCUGUAAAUGUCUCAGUUAAAGGCCUGUAGGAAAUAUGGCUUCCCAAAAUGUUUUAGUAAUAUAAUUAAAUAACAUAAUUAUUGCUUUUGGCAUAAGUUUGGUUUAACUUGGUUUACGCUAGACUUGGUUUAUUCUUGGAUCCAAAGGAAAAACUGAAGUAAGAUAACUUUCAAAGGAUAUGAAUUAAGGGCAUGCCUAUAAAAUGUUGAUUUUUUUUUAUGGCACAGCCUAUAAAAUGAAUAGCACUGAACUGGAAUUCAAAGUUUGUCAUCAGAAAUCAUAUGCCUCUUGGCAUGGUUGCAUGGUAUAUUUACUUUUCAGAAUAUUUGAAAAGAUAUCAUUUGGCACCUAUUACUGGUUAUUUUCAUCAGCAAGAGCCCUGAAUUUAAUUUCCUUGUUUAUAUUAUUUGUCACUUCUAAAAGUAUAGGACUCCUGGUAGCCCUCCAAAAAAAAAAAAAAAUGGUUCUUUCUUGCUCGCUAUUUUAGAGCACUGACAUAUUUUCUUAGCUAUCAAUUGUUCAGUGUUCCACAUUUGUUUAAUUUAUGUGUAGUUACUUGAGCUCAGAAUAUUGGCUCAGCAUUGGUGUGCCAAACAAUGACUUUGCUUCUUACCAGACAGACUUAGUGUCCUGCUACAGUUUCAACUUUAAUGCGGUAAGUGAUGCAGUGUGUGGAUUGCUCCUUAUCCAGAAACUACUGUCCUUUCUCUGUGCUUAAUUUGCUAAAAGUAUAUUCCCUUACCUUGAAAUUCCUGAGCAGUGCUCUGCCAUCUUUUGAGAGGGGUUUGGAUGGCUGUUCCUGCACACUGGAUCUGGAAUUGUUCAGUGUUGAGUGGCAGAUUUCUUAAACACCAGCAGCACUGAGAAGUGCACUAUGGGCAUUCGUACAGUUGCCCAAAUGCAAACAGUUCUGUUAUCCAGGAGAAGCUGAGGUGUUGGGUUCAGUAGGAAUACUUGGAGUAUUUCAAGGAGGGCAAAUGCUUUAUUAGCUCUGCUGUCUCUGAAGUGGGGUAGCAUGUUUUGCUUUUUUUGUUUGUUUGCUUGUUUUUCCUUUUAUUUUUUUGUUUUUCCUUUUUUUUUAAAGAAAAAAUAUGUACAUUUUUUUUUCCUCUUUGGAAAGGCCAGGCUAUUUGAUUACAUUCACCAGAGGUUAAGUUGUAUAUCUUAUUUUCAACUGGGUAAGUGCCAAGUAGUUGUCCAUGGACCUUUCCACUCAGUUUACCAUUUGACUAGGGAAGGAAUUAUUUAUUUUUAUUUCCUGGCAUUAAGUUGACUAAUUUAUUAUUUUGCAUACACUUGAGUUAUUCUGUGUCCUAUAUAGUGGUUUUUGUAACUCUUACAAUGGUAUAAAAGCAAAGCACAUGAUCCUGAAACUACGCAAAAUGUUUUAGUAAUUUUCCCAUGAAUACUUGGUUGUUUCUAUUAAUACCAUUCUAAGUAAAUUCUACUGUUUCAAGUUGUGUAUUUUUAAGAAAAAGCCAAGCACUAAAUGGACAUAUUAUGAUAAUCAUUUACAAUCCAAGCUUUUUUCUUUUUUCUUUAUUAGAGGAUUCAAUGAAGUGCCAUGUAAUUGUAGCUUACUAAUAAUUAAUGUUUGAUAGACUGGUUCUGUGAUAUUCUUGACAUUUAACUCUUGUCAUCACUGGAGAAGAUGGUUCUACUCUCAUUCUCUGAUAAAAUCACCAGCUGCUUUAUUUUUCUAUUUAUUAAACAGUUGAUAAGGUCUGGAUCUUGACCGAAAUACUUAGCUGAGAUGUUUUUCAUAGUAGACACUAUAGAAGAUGUGUGUGAAAAAGGACACAGUUGGGCGGUGGUAUUCUUUUUCAUUAAUGUGAACAUUGACUAAACAAAGCAGUCCUGCCUUUUAAAUCUUGUGGCAGCUCAGAAGGGAGGUGCUUAAGAACCUUAACUAUUAUGUCAGAUGACAAAAUAUUUUUUUUUCCAUUUUGGAGAUUGGGUACUGCUCACACAUGAUGUAUAGGGCUAAAUAUAUGCUUGUUUCCUUGCACCUGUGUACCUUUUCCCUUCUCCCACUUUUCCUUUCCCUGUAGGCAAUAAAUGGCCAUUUUGCAACUGCA